UUGCCCUAACUAAAGCCGGAAGUGUCAACUGUCAACAAAAUGCAAACACGUGUGUAGUAGCAGCGUAAAAGAAGCAUGUGUAAUAAUAGUCCUAUUAUCACACUUCUACAGAUGAAUUAAGGAUUUUAAAAUAAUAUAUAAGAGUGGAGUUUAAGGAGGGAUUGCUGAAAUGAAGUUCGCUUACAGGUUUUCCAACCUGCUCGGAGCUGUGUAUCGUCAGGGGAAUUUAAACUUCUCCAAGGAUGGUAACUCUGUAAUCAGUCCAGUGGGAAACAGAGUCUCUGUCUUCGACCUGAAAAACAACACAUCAGAGACUUUACCAAUCUCAACAACUAAAAACAUCACAUGUGUGGGUCUCUCUCCUGAUGGGAACCUUGCUAUCAUAGUGGAUGAAGAUGGGGCAGCGUUGUUAGUCAGCCUCGUCACUCGAGCCGUCCUUCAUCAUUUCCACUUUCACAAGCCUGUCAGCAGCAUCCGCUUCUCACCUGACGGCAGGAAGUUUGUAGCAACGAAGGAUAAUGUAGCUCUGAUGUAUCACGCUCCUGGAAAGCAGCGUGAGUUUAACGCCUUCGUGUUGGACAAGAGCUACUACGGUCCCUACGAUGAAACCACCUGCAUCGACUGGACGGAUGACUCCAAGUGUUUUGUGGUGGGCAGCAAAGACAUGUCCACGUGGGUGUUUGGUGCUGAGCGCUGGGCCAACCUCAUCUACUACUCACUGGGCGGGCACAAAGACGUCAUCGUGGGGUGUUUCUUUGAGAAGGACAGCCUGGACCUGUACACAGUGAGCCAGGACGGGACGCUGUGUGUCUGGGAAAGCGACACCGAGCUGGACGGCCUCGUCUUGACGAAGAAGAGCAUUCCCAAGGAGGAAGAGGAGGAGGAUGAUGAAGAGGAGAGGAUAGAGGGGCAGGAGGGAGAGGUGAUCAGAGGGAAGGCAGAAGCUCCGAAAGAGAGGAAGACGAAAAAUGUGCGAUUCAAGCAGAGGAGCAAGCACUUCUUCAACAAGGAGGGAGACUUUAACAACUUAACAACUGCAGCCUAUCACAAGCAGACACACAUCUUAGUCACUGGGUUUGCCUCUGGAGUCUUCCACCUGCACGAACUCCCAGAGUUUAACCUCAUUCACUCCCUCAGUAUUUCAGACCAGAGGAUCUCCUCAGUGUCCAUCAACAGCUCUGGAGACUGGAUCGGCUUUGGAUGCUCAGGGAUGGGUCAGCUGCUGGUGUGGGAGUGGCAGAGUGAGUCGUAUGCCUUCAAGCAGCAGGGACACUUCAACAACAUGGCCUCGCUGGCGUACUCGCCGGACGGACAGUACGUCGUCACUGGAGGCGAUGAUGGCAAGGUCAAAGUGUGGAACACAAACAGCGGCCUCUGCUUCGUCACCUUCACCGAGCACACCAGCAGCAUCACCAACGUCACCUUCACCUCAAGCGGCUUCGUCAUCGUCAGCGCUUCUCUGGAUGGGACGGUCAGAGCGUUCGACCUGCACAGGUACAGAAACUUCCGGACGUUCACGUCACCCCGGCCGGCGCAGUUCUCCUCCCUGGCUGUGGAUCUCAGUGGAGAGCUGGUGAGCGCAGGAGCUCAGGACUCCUUUGAGAUCUUUCUGUGGUCCAUGCAGACCGGACGACUUCUGGAGGUCCUCGGGGGUCACGAGGGUCCAGUCAGCUGUCUGUGUUUCAGUCCAGUUCAGUCCAUCCUGGCCAGCGCCUCGUGGGAUCGAACUGUCCGGCUGUGGGACAUGUUGGACAGCUGGCAGGUCAAAGAAACACUUCCCCUCACCUCUGAUGCUCUGUCAGUGUCGUACCGGCCUGAUGGUCAGGAGUUAGCUGUGGCCACUCUGAACGGGGAAAUCUCUUUCUGGAACCCUCAGGAAGCCACACAAACCCGCUCCAUAUCCGGACGCCACGACCUGGAGCUGGGCCGCAAGGAGACGGAUAAAGUGACAGCCAAACAGACCGCGAAGGGGAAGUCGUUCACAUCACUGUGCUACUCUGCAGACGGGGAGUCUAUUUUAGCAGGAGGGCAGUCUAAGUUUGUGUGCAUCUACAACAUCAAGGAGCAGAUGCUGAUGAAGAAGUUUGAGAUCUCCUGUAACCUCUCCUUUGAUGCCAUGGAGGAGUUCUUGGACAGGCGGAAGAUGACUGAGUUUGGCAGCCUGGCUCUGGUGGACGAGGGAGCUGGAGAUGGAGAUGGAGUCAACAUCAGCCUGCCUGGAGUCAGAAAAGGUGACAUGAGCUCUCGACAUUUUAAGCCAGAAAUCAGAGUGACCUCGCUGCGGUUCUCCCCCACUGGACGGAGCUGGGCAGCCACCACCACAGAGGGUCUGCUGAUCUACUCCCUGGACAGCUCACUAGUCUUCGACCCGUACGACCUCGACCUGGACGUGACACCAGCGAGCAUACAUAAACAGCUGCGGCUUCAGGAGUGGACGUCAGCCAUCGUGCUGGCGUUCAGACUCAAUGAGAAAGCCCUGAAGCAGGAAGUGCUGGAAACUGUGCCGCAUGAUCAGAUCCGAGUCGUGUGCAGCUCUCUCCCUGACAUCUAUGUGGAGAAGCUGCUCGGUUUUGUGGCGGCGUCUUUGGAGAAGUCGGGUCACCUGCAGUUCUACAUGACGUGGGCUCAGAGUCUGCUGAUGCUGCACGGACAGAAACUCAAAAACAGGUCUGGAGCGAUUCUUCCCACCCUGCAGGCGCUGCAGAAGAGCAUCCAGAGACACUUUGAUGAUCUAUCCAAACUGUGUGACUUCAACAAGUACAAUAUUCGCUAUGCUGUGGCUCUGUCGAAGCAGAGGGGCAUAAAGAGAGCAGCUGAGGAGGACAAAGGAGAGGAGGAAGAUGAGGAAGAGUUGUCUGAGGAGAUGAGCGAGGCCUCCUUGGACGGUGCAGACAUGAUUCUGUAGGCCUGUAAUAAUCCGCCUCAUUCCAGCAACAGAUGAUGUUGGACUUUGAAAUGAAAUAUAUUUCUGUGUACGCAAGAAAAUCUGAUGAACUGUUUUUUAUUAAAAACAUAUAAAUGUGAA